UCUGAAGUAAACGUCAAAAUCAUGUUCAAUGGCUGUGGUUGUGUUAGAAAACAAUAACAAAAUAUUGACUUUCUUUGAAUAUGGAAUCUGAAGAGGGUUCACCUUCACCACCUCCGCCUUCAGAUCCGCCUCCCAGUUUGCCGCCUCCUUUGCCAGCUAGGCCACGCAAAACGACCCCCCAACCUCCCAUUCCUGUCCAGGAAGACAAUCAUUUUGGUAAUGAACCUGAGGUCGACGUUGACGAUGAAAUCUCGCAGCAAAUGACAGCUUCUUAUAGUGAAAUCUCAUUCAAGUCAGGUGUUAGUCCCGAAAAUGAAGCCCCCUUGUCUUUAACAAUGGAUCCAAUACCCUUGGCUGAGCAUAUAAUGCAAAGACCGGUUACUUUGAGUUGUGACAGGAAUAUUCCAUCUUGUAAACCUUUAAGGCCUUUAAAUUUGGAGGGGACUGUACAUGUGGAGGGUAAUAUGACGCAUUUUGUUGCUGAGGAUUUAGAGUAUAAAAUUAAAUUGUCUAGUCCUGUUACUAAGAAAGGAGAUACACCUCCUCUACCAGGAGGUUCUAGGAGUUGCACUCCCAGCACCCUCUAUAGGCAACUACUAGUACCGCAAAUUGGCCAACUUGAUCAAGGACUCUUAAAUGACCUCGAAUGUGAGGCCCAAAAAAUGGCUACUUCUAUUGAUAACUUAACCGAAAAUUUAUGUGGAAUUUUACAUUCUAUUUCUUCAAUCACUGCUGAUAAUGUAGAUGUUUAUAAAAAUGCAGUUUCCAAAAUGUCAGAUGCUAUGGAUUCAAAUAUUAAAAGUAUGUACACGAUGAUGGCAAAAACGGAAGAAGUUACACAAGCCAUGAAAUCGGUCCAUAGUCAUGCUGCCAGGAUAAAGGAAAUAAAAAGGUUAGUGGACCUUUUUGAAAGUUACGUUUGAAGUAGGUACAUUUACGUACUUCAUUUAAUUAUUAUGUUAACAAGUGACCAGCAAAAUGAUGCCUAAGAACAAAAAAUGUAUUUCUGUUUCUAAUCUAAAGGUUAAUUUGUUGGUGCCGUUUCUUACCGUUGAUUCUUGAUAUUUUAUGUGCUUGUUAUUGUUAAGUUCAACAGUAUUGUUAUCAGUGGAGAAUGUUUUUACCGAGUUAUCAAAUGUGUUUAGCUAUUUUUAUAAAUAAAGUUCUGUCACUGAAAA